AUGAAAUAUACACAAGUUCAAGGUGAGCUUGAUAAAUCAGUCAUUGUCGAAGGGAAACGAAAGCGUCAUGCUGUGGAACGUAUGGUGAUCAAUAUAGACACUCCUAGUCGAAAACCGAAAAUUGCUGCACCAGGCCUCGGAAUUGCUCUCGGUGACAUACCGUAUGUGAAGGAAACACUCGAGAAGACAAAAUGCGUGAUGUUGAAAGGGAUGUUUCGUCUCUGUUAUGGUAGAGUGGGAAAUCGUGCCUCUAUGAAAAAGGAAUUGCGUACAUUCACUGGGUUUCCGUUCGAUGAUAGUGACACGCAAUUCCAGAAGAGAAAGGCUAUAGCUCAGAAACUCUCAGUUGCCGAAGUGAUUCGAUUAUUUAUCUUGAUUCAGAUUUUUUUGCGGGUUCCACAUUUUUCUAAUAAUUUAAUUUCAUGUUCUUCAUUUACUCAAUUACAGAUCAGUAAUAUUCUAAUGUUCCUUCUGAAACCAACGGAUCUUGGCAAAUCUCCCGAAUCAUUGGUUAAACGUAAGAAGGGUUCAAAGAAAAGAAAGCGUCAGACGAAAAAAGAAGCCAAAAAAGGUGACGAGGUAAGAUGCAAUCAUAAGAUUGGUAUUCAAUACCUUCAUGAAAUGGGCAAGGCUCGAAAGUUAGGAAAAAAAAGUGAACCAAAAGCAAAGAGACAAAAGAAAUCAGAAGAAGUUGAGAGUUCGGAUGGAGGAGGUGAUUCAUCUGAUGAGGAAGACAACAAUGAUGAUAGUGGCGGCGAGACAGAGAAUGCGCAUGAGAAGGCAUCCGUGACCAAAAAAAGCACUGCACAUAACACCGGAGGUGCUCACAAGAAAACCCUGAGCAAAGGCACAGAUAAACACAAAAAGAAAGAAACCGAGCAUGAAUCGAAAUGGGGCAAUGGCGGUCCAACGGACGUGGAACUGAAUGCGGAAAUUGAUAUGCUUCUGCACACAAUGGAUCUAUCGCAAGCAACAAUGAAGGAGAUGUGUGUUGAGAUAGCGUGCAAAUUCCCGAAUUUAAAUAUGGAUAAAUACAAGAGUGCUUUGAAACAGCGAAUCAAAACGGCACUGGAUAAGCUGGAUGCAUGA